CGAUCAGCAAUUAUUAUGAUCUUGAGAUCGAUCAAAGAACUUUCCGAUCUCGUCGAUCCAAAUUAACAUGGCUUCCAACGGCGCUUCUCCGAGAAUUGUUGAUGCUACUGAGAACAGCUUGGAUAAGAUCAAGCGGCAAUUGCCAUCCGAGGUUUAUCGGAACUUGCUUCUGGGACCUCUUAUUCAAGCGAUCUGAAACUGUAAGUUCAAUUCUUAUUCUGACAUUAGUAUAUUCAAUAGUUUGUAACUCAAAUGAUUUUCAGUGUUCUGAACACAGCUAAACUUUGAAUGACAUAGCAACUGUACUGAUUAGCUAAUCGAUCAAUGUGUUUUUGUCUAGGAAUUAACAUAGAAUCUGACU